UCAGCUAUCCGCACAGUGAUCAGUACCCAUGGAUUAUGGGGAAUGAGUAACUUGAUGAAGCCUGUCUCAGCUCAUUUCAGUGUCAGUAAGAAGCACCAUUUAAUGUCAGUACUGACCAUGUUUGGACCCAGUCCAGACUGGUGUGUAGGUGUUCCCAGUCUGAGUUUGUGCCUCCCUAACUGUACCUGGGCAGGGGACCAGACCAUUGACUUGUAUCCAUGGGAUGCAGGCACUGACAGCGGGAUCACCUAUGCUUCUCCCAACAUGAAGACUCAUCCUCAAGAGAAGAUCCAUAGACUGACCAACACCUACCCAGACAACAUCAAGUCUCCUUUCUAUGGCCUGUAUCCCAUCAAACCUCUGGCACAGUUACACAUCAAACGCCUCACCCCAGCAGCUGCCCCGGGACAGUGCACCAGUGAUGAGGGUGAUGAAGAUCCAGGGAUUGGCUUCCUUGAUAGAAGAGUGGAGAAAAAGCACAGAAAACACCAAAGAAAUAAGAACAAGGACAGAGACAGGGUUUUAUCAGAUGAAGAACAGAAGCAGAUGAUUAUGAAAAAAGCCAUGAUGGAAAAGUGUCCACUGUCAGAAUGGGAAGACUGGUCAAAAUGCAGCGUCACGUGUGGCAUUGGCAUGCGUGUGCGCUUCCGCAAAUAUCUCAAGGACGUGACUCCGGCUGAAUGUCAGGAUGAAUUGAUGGACAAGGAAGAGUGCUUGGGCUUUGAGAACAUCUGUAAUAAAAAUGACAAGUGUGCUACCACGAAUUGGUCCCAGUGGUCCCCCUGUAGUGUCACCUGUGGUAAGGGGGUCAGGGAGAGAACACGCAUGUAUCUCAAGCCAGAGAUGGUGCGGAGAUGUUCCAAGGACAUGACAGAGAGUGAGAUGUGUAUGACUGAGAUAAUGGACUGUAGGAAAGCUGAGGCCAUGCUGGAUUAUGCAGACAUUUGUCAAAAGCCCUACGAAGCAGGCAGAUGCAAAGGGAGUUUUAGGAGAUGGUACUUUGAUAAGGACAUGCAGAAGUGUCUACCUUUUGUCUAUGGGGGUUGCCGUGGAAACAAAAAUAAUUUUGAGACAGAGGCUGAAUGCAACCAGAAAUGUUCGACAGUGAUGCAAGCAAAUGCAAUCUUGAUGGCUAAAAAACUCAUGAUGCAGUUUGGACUCCAGAAUACUUCAUCAGAUUCUGACAGGAGAGGUCCUACCACUGAAGAAGUGUGUCUGGACCUUCCUGAUGUGGGUCCCUGUUACGGGGACUUCCCACGGUGGUAUUACAGCUUCCCAAUGGGGAAGUGCCUGCCGUUUAAGUUUGGUGGGUGUGGAGGGAAUAAUAACAGGUUCUUCUCACAGCCGGAGUGCGAGGAGAGAUGUGUGUCUGCUAUGGCUGACAAAGUUGCCAUGAUGGAAAAGCUGAAAAUGAUGCAGGGGCAACAGCAUGGUGGAGGAAGUGAUGAAGAGAUCCAGGCAGCCAUGAUGGCUAAAAAGAAAAUGAUGCAGCAGACAACAGAAGAAAAUGAAAAAUCAGAAACUGAUAAAAUCGACUGCAUGGUGACACAGUGGACCGAGUGGUCACCAUGCUCUGUCACAUGUGGCCGCGGGCGAGUGACACGCUAUCGGAUGAUCAAGGUUCAGCCUGAAAAUGGUGGGAAAAAAUGUCCCAAGAAGAUGCGACAGAGGAAAAAGUGCAAACAUAGGAAAUGUAGCAAAGGGACCCAUAAGACAGACACUGGUCAUCCUGAGAAGUCCAGUAGAGUACAGCCUGUACAGAAUACACAGUCGAGUAAUGAGUUUCGUAAGAGCACAGAGCGUGUAGACUGCGUGCUGGGAGGCUGGGGACCCUGGACGCCAUGUGCCAAGACAUGUGGAUAUGACAGCAUUCAGGAGAGGUCAAAACAUGUCCUUGUCGAGCCCCAGAAUGGAGGUAGACCCUGUGGACCAAAACUACAGAGGAGAUACUGUAAUUUACAACCUUGUUAUUAAUAGGGCCUGAAAGG